AAAACGUGUAAUUUAAACAAAAAAAACCUCGAAAAAAAAUAGACCUUCACUGUGUUCUCUCAUUCUAUUCGCCACAGACAAACUUCUCUGGUCUCUCUCUCAGCAUCCAAAUCCUAACCAGACUAUCUUAAGCUCCAUUCAUCAAGGAUGACAAUGGAAGAACCUUUUCGACCACGUGAGAAGCUAUUAGAGAAACAGAGAUAUUUCCAAAGCAUUCACAAGCACACAUAUUUGAAAGGACCUCUUGAUAAGAUCACCUCUGUUGCCAUUCCAUUAGCAUUUGCAGGCAGCACACUUUAUCUUAUUGGGCGAGGAAUCUAUAACAUGUCUCAUGGGAUUGGAAAAAAGGAAUGAGGAGGCAGUUUGUGUCAUGAUCGGUUUUAUGUUCUUUGUGCUCGUGUUUUGAAGGAUUAUUUGCUUUUAUGUCUCAUGGAUAGUGUUGUUCCUAAGGUUCUUGUUAAAUAAUUGCAUGGUUGCUGGCUGGCUGCAGCUACCAAUGGAAGUAGAAACUUCACCGGUGAAGUCUUUGUUCUCUAUUUAACCUUUAAUGCCUGCACGUUUGAAUUUCAGGGUUGCCCUAGUUUUUGGGACCUCUUUGCUA